UUCCCUCUCAGCACACCCCCCACCUCUUUCCCUCUGUCUCUUCCUUAUAUCCGUCCAGCGUUCACGCUCUGCUCAGUUAGUUGGGGAAACACACUCAGCCACUGGAGCGCAAGGAAAGGUAUGUUAGGUUACACAUCAUGUAGAACAAGCAGGGGCUUCCACCACUUCAGCAAGAGGUGCUUUCUUAUCUUUGUUAUUUAGGAAACAUUUUAAAGACAUCAGCACUCUUCCACAUCGCUGAGCAGUAGAAAAGUUUGAAAAAAGAGAUGAGCCUUUAAUCAGGGUUGGCAGGGUGUCUUGGAAGGAGAGGCACGACCGAAAAACUCCUUUUUUGUAAGCUUUGCGGAAUAGAAGACAAAGGAGGAUGGAAGUAUUCACAUGAAACAGCAUUGUUACCCUCCCACCCCCAUCUGCCCAUCAACUGACUCCAUUCUUCAACUUGACAUCAUCCUUCCACACAGACAAGAAGGAGAAGAGAGAGGCAGAGGUGGGGAGGCAAAACAGGCGAGAAGAGAGGAGGAAGAGCAGAGAGAGGAGGUGGGCAGCACAGUUUUCAGCUCUCACACGGCUGAGGAGGAGAAAGUGACAGCAGCUAGAACUUGGCCACUAGUGAGAUGAAAUUCGGGGAGGAGACGCUGGAGCGCUGCGGGAGACGACAUCCAACGAGAGCCCUGAAAUUGGACCGCCUGGAAGACGAGCCAGCCCUCUCUGGAUCCUGUGCCCCACCACAGCCGAAGGAUGAGAGGGGUCGACUUUCGCCUUAGUUGCCAGGGAUGUCUGUGCACUACGGAAAGGCGUCCUCCUCCAGCAUGUCCAAUGCUAUGUUAUUCCUGAUGCUUUGCAAGAUUGGUCUGAGACGAAAACUGCAGACUUUUCCAGAGAAAAUGGUAAACACUGUCUACAAUGAUGAGGAAAAGGGAAUCCAAGACAAGGAAAGUAAGGAGGAGAGCAUCUUGGCCAUGUUGGGCAUCAUUGGGACCAUUCUCAACUUGGUAGUGAUCAUCUUUGUCUACAUCUACACCACCUUGUAGGUUUAAAACUCUUACCGUGUGUCAUCCGCUGGAAGAGCAGAGCACUUCUAAGCUAUUACAACUACGUUGUGUUGACUGAUAUGGGGAUAAAGAUGGGAGGAGCGAGGAGGAGGCAGAAAUUACUCGGUGGUGAACUGGAUCUAAGACUCUGCCAUUUGGCAUCCCUCCUGCAUCACUUCAAAAAACCGAGACUCUGGGAAACUGGUUCCUUGUUGUCCCCUUUACAGGUAGAAUUAUCCAGAAUGUCUGGUCAUUUUUGACUUGUACAUAAAUGCAUGAAACUGGCACUCAAGAGAUGCAGCUUUUACCAACACGUGGACUUAAAAGACUGCAGAGUGUGGACAGUUUUGGCAAAUAUUUUUCAGAUGUUCUUAUAAGCAAAAAUAUGAAAAUUGUCUGAUCUGCUUCCAUAGGAUAAAAGAUGUACAGAGACAGUCAACACAGGUAUCUGCAGUGCUGUUUAUUAUUUUUUCACUUACUAAGAUUUAAACAGGCAUAUUAAAAAGUAAAAUGUUAUUCAGCUCGAUUUAAUGUUUGCUUUUAUACUGUAUUUCUCAUGAUGCUUUCAAUAUUAUCAACUUUGGAUGACAGUUUGUUGAGACUUUAUCACCUGAAAAUGACUUAUGUUCACUUAGUUUUAAGUUGUUUCAUGUAAAUUUAUUGAAAUAACUGUGUCUUUAAAUGGCUAAAUGUCAGUUUAAAGUGCUAAAAUGCAUCCAUAAUGGAUACACUUGACAUUGUGCUUGACUUUUAAUGAUGGAAGAUUAGACUGAGCUGCAGAUUUUAGUAGAAAGUUGCGCGAUUAUUAUUUAUUAUUCAAGUUUUAAAUGCAUCCCUUCAGUCUUGAAAGGUCGUCAAUGUUGAAAUUAGAUGCAAAUGGUUUAAAAAUUAUGUCAAAAUCUCUUCUCUGGAGGAGGAAAAACAUCUAAGCAUAACUGAGGAAAAGGUGUUUUACUUCUACUUACAACAAGUGCAGCUUUAACAAUUCGAUGCAUCAUAAAAUACAUUUCAGGCUGCAUGAGUGUAUCAACAGGCACAGUGAGCUACAUAAUCAUCAUGUUACUGAUCACACUAUAAACUCUUCACCCAAAUGUACAUAGGAAUUGCUAAGCUUGAAAGCUAAAGAUAGUUUUGCGUUUUUUGGCCAUCAAUCUCAGUUUGUGCAUCACUGAUUCAAAACAGACUUGUGCAUAAUGACUGCCUUAAAACAUGAGGAAAUGGCUAUUUCCACGAUGUAUAAAUCUAUCAGGUUAUCACUACUUUGUGAGAAGUUUCACAUGUAUAUACAUUUAAUUCAGUACCAAUGUCACAUGUUUUACUGGUCAUUUAAUGGGUAAUUUUAUAAAAGUACCCUGCUUUUGUCUUAAACAACAUACAAAACUGUUGAGCUUUUUAUUGGUGACUGUUAUUUCCAGGCCUGGGCCAAAAUACACUUUUAAAAAUUUUUAGAGGUGUUAGAGCAAAAAAGAAUUCUGGACAAUAAUGUGAAUGAUAGGACAUUUACACAAUGACAAGAGUGUAAUUUUUGGUAGUUUUGUCUUUAAAUAACACUUUGACAUCAGUCAGCAUUUUACACUCCAUCAGUCUGGGCGCAAACCUGUCUAGAAAUUACAUUUUCAUACAACUAAUCUGCAACAACAAAUGUGUUUAGAAGGAAAAGUAAUGCAUCCUGGAUGAAGUUUUCCAUUAACAUAAUGAGGAAACACUUUUAAUUAAUAUACUUGGAGAGUUGAAAUGUGGAUGCUAAAGGUUCACAAACAACAUGCUUCAUUUGUUUCUACCAAAAUAUUCCUUUUUGAAAUUCUAGAUCCACUUGUACUCACCAAAGCAUUAUUAUUUUCCAUGGUAAUGUUUAGGCACCGUAUGGUUGCACUUGGUUAAACUUAGAGGUUGGAAAGGUUAGAUAAAAGUCCACAGUAACUUUAGACACAAUGUAUUUAUUACCAUUUAUCUAAACCCACUAAAUUUUCCUAACCUUAACCAAAGUGUCUUUGUUGCCUAAACCUAACUACAGAUCAGAGUUAUGAACCCCAGGUCCUGUGUUUCAGAUGCCCACCAUCUACCCCAACCUCCUCCUACCAACGGCGGUGUAAUUCAUUGAUGUAGUUCUUCAUUCAUUUGAAAACAAAUCUUAUAGUUAUAAUGUAAAGGUAACUUUGAGAAAACAGGUUUGCUGGGAGAUGGAGUUCCACCUUACUUGACCCAGGACUGGAAAUAACAUUUUUGUACUUAAACACAGCAAAAAAGUGUGUCAGUUUUGCUCUUAUAUUUAUAGUUUGACCCAGUCUGGGCCUGCUUGGACAAGUUGAAUCAGGUCAGAUCAUGAGACAGUUUGAACUGAAAUUAACUUUGUUUUUCAUUAAUUCAUGGGAAAGAGAUCCGCAAAACGACUUGCAUGUAACGGUCUAAUCAGUUAUUCCUCAUCUGUAGAUUUGCAUUGAUGGAAUAGUUCAACAUUUGGGGAAAACACAGUGUUUUAGAGGUGCUUGAAAGUGGAUUUUGCUACCUUUAUACUAAGCUGAACUAACAUGCUGCUGACUGUCCUCACAUUUAGAGGUCAGAUAUGAGAGUGGUAUUGAUCUGAUCUUUUCACGCAACUCUCAGCAAGAAAACAAAUAGGUUCCCAAAUGUCGCUCCAUUCCUGCAAAGAAAGAAGCUAUAAGAGAUGAAGAAAAGGCCUAAAAAUAAUGAAUAAUGAUGUACAGUAUGUAGAGAAUGUGAGGCUUUAGACAGCAGGCUACAUUACCUGUAAAAUAUUAUUUGUGUUCGUCAGUUAACAACCUCGUGACUUCAGAAAGUGCCUGAGAUAAAAGCGUCUCACCCUCAUGGUGGAGAGGCGAAGGAAAGGAAACCACAAACCAGUGAGGGGAUCUUUAUAAGGCCACCUGUCAUACAGUUAGGAGAGAGGAAAAAGUUUGCAGAAAAACAUGUAUUAUGUAUGCAGCAGCAGAGUGCUGCAUUCAUAAUGGGACUGGAUUUCUACUACAUGGCUUAGUUAAUAAAGCCAGCCACCGUUUGUCUUGGAUGAAGUGCACCUGCUUGUUUCACACAAUAAGGAAAAUGAAAGCUUAGUAAGCACACGGACAAGUCUUACGAAUGUAUUCAUAUUUGAUGUAAAAUCUGAUCAUUCUUGUUAUCCUUAUUGUUUACUUAUCUUUCUUGAAGCAAUGUAAUCCAAACAAUUCUUUAUGUUUUAUUUAUGUGUAUGCAAAAUCUAUUUAAACUCAUUGUAUUGGUCUCUUGUGGGUGACAAAUGGACGGGUUAAACGUUUUUCAGCCUGCAGGUUUGUUAAAAAAAGACCUUGAAUAAAUACAUCUUGGAAGUGA